UUUCGCACUACCUAGUCUCCCCGCCGUGUCCGAGACGGACGGCCCUGAACCAAACCUAGGCCUCUGUCGGUCCGCGCGCAUUAUACCCCCAUUUUCUUCAGAUUCGCCCCCAAGCAAUCCAUAGGGCCGGCCGAUCCGGCGUAACUCGAUCCCGAGCGAUUCCCGAGAGACCCCGCCUCGCCGCUCUUCCUCGGGCCUUUCUGCAGAUUAUGGCUGCACCGGAUGAGCCCGCGGUGGAUACGAACGCGGCUCCGGCGCCUUCCGAAGAGCAGCUGGACGUGGUCGAGACCCCGACGUCGCCGUCGUCCGCCCUUGCCCUAUCGAGGUUCGAGUUCGAGGCGGGCAAGGGCAACGAUGGUACUAAAAUCCUCAUGGUGGAAUGGGACACCUCGCCCGCCGCGCCCGCCCCGACCGGCGAUGCCGAGACGACAACAUCUGACAGCGGGGACUGGGAGGUAUCAUGGGAAGGGAAGGCCACCGUGCUCCCCACGCGGGAUGCAGAGGCCGACAACGACGGGGAGGGCAAAGCUCGUCGCCGGGUAUACUUCCUCCUACCCCCGGGGGCUGCGAUCCCCGCGAUUGUCAGCAUAUCCCGGAGAGGCGCCGGCAACGCUCUCGCCGCCCUGCGCACGAAACCCAUGCCGGCCAUCUUCCCCAAGGAGCUGACGGGCGGCCGAGACACGGUUGGCAAGCGAGGGGUCCUGCACACCAUCUGGGCGAAGAAGCGGCUGGAGGAGCUGCAGGCCGAGAUCGCGGCCGAGAUGAAGGCCAACGGCGAGAGCGUGGGUCUCGAGAUGGCGAUGCAGGAACGCCAAUGGAUCGUCGACCACUUCGGCCUCCCCCCGACCGACGGCGUGCCGCAGCCCACCCGCCUUCACAUCCCCCAGCAGCAGGUCCAGGGCCCCGCGAGCCCGCGGUCGCCCAUCGGCGGCCGUCUAGGGGAGAAGCUCCGCGGCUUGAAGUUGGCGACGAGUCCAGUAGAGCUUGCUGCGGCUGCUCAAGCCGUCAGAGCCGCACCACGAGCACCGCACCCCCAGAUCACGUCACUCUCCCCCGGCGCCUCAGACGUAGCAGUAUCGUCGUUCGCCAUGUUCCCCGGCCGCGAGGCUCCGCACGACGCAGGCAACGACAGCGUCGCGUCCCUGGACGCGAUCCUGGGGACCGGCGCCCCUGCGGCCACGACCGGUGACGGCGACACCGAGGAGGACCUGUUCGCGCUGCCCAUGAGCCCCCGAAGUCCGGAGAUGAAGAGGAGCCCGUUCAGCCUAUUAUAGUCGUGCGCAGCCUCCGAUCCUUGUCAGGAAGCCACGGUGGUAUGCGCCGUCUAGAGGUACGAGUCGGCCGAUCCGGAAACCCGUGAUGCUUCAAGAAGUGGAUUGGAGUAUCUACACUAUAACAGAGUCGAGUGCUCUGCGCUGCAAGGAGGACAUCCAACCUCAACAGCAGCAAUACAUAUUUAGGGCGGCAAGUGUUCUCGCCCAAACAGCUUCCGGGGUUGCGGACAGGACUGGGUCAAGUGUCCGUACA